AUGCACCCCUUUUCCAUCCUUACGCUAGGGAUAUUCGUAGCUGGCUACAUCACCGCUCGCUGGGAUCUGGUCACUCGCCUCUAUGAGCUUGCCAUCUUCGCUUGGGACUACGGAGUUGUCGCCCGGAAUGUCGAAGGUGCCCUUAAAUCGCACACACUCUUCCGAAAUGCGCCCCAUAAUAUUGGUCGGAUGUUCGAGCUCUGUGGCCAAGCACAUGUCCAUGUCCUAGGUAUCUCAAAUGCUUCCGACUCACAAGAGAUCGACCCCUCCUGGGUUCGUGUGACAAAUGGCCCGAGCAUGCGGGUUCCUGAAGUUCGAUGUGCCAAGGCGUCAAGCAUCCAAAUUGUCCUCUAUCAGCGGCCUAUACCAACACGAAUGCAAUACAUCUCCCUCAAUCCGAUUUCUCUAGCGCUCGGAGACAAACAAACAGGCAUCAGGCUGCCACCGGUCGAUGAUAUCGAGGCGGAGGAAGAGAAGCAGGAGCGGAGAAGAAAUGAGAAGAAACAGCAACUAGUCGAAAAGCUUAAACAACACUCUGUUAUCAAGCGAGUCCCGUCGCCAAAGGAAAAGGCGUUACCCAAAAUUGUCAAUCAAAUCAAUUGGGCUUGGGAACUCGAGCAACUACUGCAGAAGAACGUUUCAAAGAUCGGCACACGGCCUAAGAGGAGUCUUAGUGUCUCAGAGCGCGUGGUGGAAUCUGCUGAUGCAAUGAAAACAUUUGUGAUGUUAUGGUUCUGGGAGCUAUUCACACUCUAUGUUUUCCCAGUCAUCACUAAGGCAUUCGUCUUCGGACUUGUUGGACAUCGAAUUGUUGCAGAGAUGCUCUUGCGCAUCUUAGAGUACAGAGGCCGACCUCGUUACGCUGCUCUGAAAGACAUAUCUGCCACCGCACAGCAAGUCGAGAUCCGGCUGCAGCAGUUCUGUUACUGGCCGAUGCAUCUCUGGCUGGUUGCGAAUGAUGUUAUCAUCGGAAUCGCGCUCGGCUCCUACAUCAUAGACAAUGCCAACUGGGUUGCAGCACAGAUCAGCUUGCUCUUAAGGGCUUACACUGUUGAGGCUCUACAAAGCAGUAUAUCAUGGCUCAUGGGCUGGCCAGCCGGUUUGAAACUCAAUAGCGAACUUGCAGCGUUCCUUGGUGACCUAUUUCUCUGGGUCAUUGACUACUGGUCAAGUUGUCUCGACAAGCUCAGCCCUAUGCUGCCGCAGAUCAUCUGGUUCAUUGGUUUCUCCAGCUUCGCGGGCGCCAGCAUGCCAGUCGCUCUGCUGUCAGACCUGCUGUCCAUCCUCACUGUGCACAUUUACUCGUUUUAUCUCGCCUCUGCACGUAUAUAUCAUUGGCAGCUAAAUAUCCUCAUGUCGCUAUUCCACCUCUUCCGCGGCAAGAAACACAACGUUCUCCGCAACCGUAUAGACUCCUGCGACUAUGAUCUCGAUCAACUCCUUGUUGGCACCAUCCUCUUUACUCUCCUGUUCUUUUUGCUGCCGACUGUUGUCGUCUUCUAUUUGAAUUUUGCCAUCGCCCGGAUGGCCAUUAUCUUUCUCAAAGCCAUGUUUGAUACUUUACUUUCUUGUUUAAACCAUUUCCCUCUUUUCGCCUUGAUGCUCCGGAUAAAGGAUCCAAGGAGACUUCCAGAUGGCAUAUGUUACGAGGCGUUGGCUCCGACAACCAUCCUUCCAAGAUCGCUCCGACUAUUGGAAGACAAGAUGUUCCUAUACGCGAUCUACCUCGCCCUCCUGCUCCAGGCCUGGCUCACUGCCAGCCUCAAGAUCCACCCCGACCUCGUUGAUCCCAAUGCUGAGACUGUGGGCGUGAUCACCCGCCCCCACGAACAAGAGAUUAUUCAAGCAGAUACGAUCUAUACAGUCCAGUGGGCUUCUUCUUCAGCUGAUGGCGGUCCCUUCCGCAUCAAUCUCUGGGGAGCACCAGAUAAUGAACCGCUUCAGACGAUCGGCACUGACAUUGACUACCUCAAGGGAGAAUUCCAAUGGCCAAUUCAUCUUGAGCAGUAUGCGACGCUGUACUUCAUCACCAUCGAUGAUGGAAUGGGCUCUGUCCGCGACAAAUCAGGAGUCUUCAGCAUCUCCUCACCCCUGAUCAAGUCUCCAGCUAAAAUCCCUUUUCAAUCUGACGUCAAUGCCGCAACCACAAUGACAACGAGUGUGGUUCGUACCUCCCCUGAUAGACUUGUCUUCUCCACGAUGGCUCCCAUCUCUCCUCAGGAUGACUCUGUCACCUCCUUGCCGAUCACCGUCCCCUCCAACCUCCCUACCGAUGAGUCUCUUCCAACCAUGACAUUCAGCAUGGUGUGGAGCCGAACAGAGGGACCUGGCGACGACAUCCCCAGCACCAUCCCCAAGCCUGCUACUCACUCAUCUGGACAUGCCUACAGUGCAUGGCGAGUCGGCAUGAUCGUCGGCCUGGUCAUGGUAUGCCUGCUCUGGGCAACCUCGCUUGUACUGGCCUACCUCAUCUACCGAAGAAAUAGAGGGGUUGAGCGAAGAGGUAGACACACCAGCCGCGCCAGUGUCAACAUCGAGCCAGAGCCAGCUCCUGAGGAGCCCCCCACCGAAGAGCCCCCCGCCAGAGCUGAAUCUGCUGCUCCCAAGGAUGACGUUGGUGUCGCCACAGUCAUUCAGCUGCGGCGUAUCUCCUUCAAGGAGCCCGAGGCUGGUUCGCAGAGCAAGCGAGCUUCAGUUACCUUUGUGGAGUAG